AAGGCGGAAUCGUAUUGGCCGAGUGAGGUGCACAAUCAAACGAAAAAGGAUGAAAGUGGCUCAGAACUGCGAUCCAAGCACAGAGUUCUGAAGGCUGAAACGGGCUAUGGCAUGGGUGUUCCGGUAUGUGCAAAACAUGAGGCGUAAAAUCAAAGGUGAGGCGUUGUUCUUGUGUGAUCUGUCCCUGGAAGAAGAAGAGAAUGCCGUGUCUUAUCUGUGCCGUCAUGUGCAACGUCAACAAUACGAAGACGAACUUGAGGACCUGAAAAAACAACACUCAGUGAGCCAAAGCAGCCAAUUAUUGUCGUUGAAUCCCUUUGUUGGCCAAGAUGGCUUAAUUCGUGCGUCUGGGAGAAUCCAAAAUGCUGCCUUUUUGAAUCUGGAAGCCAGGCAGCCCAUAAUUUUGCCGAAAAAUCAUCGGUUCACCAGGUUAUUGGUUGAAUUCUACCACAGAAAGUUCCUGCACAUCAACACUGCCACUGCUAUGAGCGAAAUACGUCAAAAGUACUGAGUGCCAUCACUGCGUCAACUAUUAAAUAGCAUCCAGAGCCACUGUUCCGCCUGCAAACUUCGUCGAGCCAGGCCACGUCAACCCCAGAUGUCUGCCUUACCGAUGGAGAGGGUGACCCCAUACGUUCGAGCCUUUACAUACACAGGACUUGAUUAUUUUGGCCCAGUAAGUGUUGGAAUCCGCCGUCAACGUGAGAAAAGGUGGGUUGCUCUUUUUACCUGCUUUACAACCCGUGCCAUCCACCUGGAGAUUGCCACAGACCUAUCCAGCGAUGCUUGCCUUAUGUGUAUCCGCAACUUCAUUAAUAGAAGAGGUGUCCCUGUAUCCAUAAGAAGCGACAACGGGACCAAUUUUGUUGGCAUAGCAAAGGAAUUACAAGGUAUUGAUAUGUUUUUGGAUACUAAUAGUCUCUCUUCAGGUUUGACGGCACUGGGCAUCAAAUGGAUAUUCAACACUCCGUUGAAUCCAAGUGAAGGCGGCGUAUGGGAACGGCUUGUGCAGUCCGUGAAGAAGGCAUUGUACAUCAUGUUGAAGGAGCAGGCUCCAAAGCUCGAAACGCUCCAAUCGUUUCUAAUCGAAGCAGAGAACAUCAUCAAUUCGAGACCCUUGACUCAUCUACCUGUGACUCCCGAAGACCCGGAACCAUUGACCCCGAAUCAUUUUCUGCUUGGGUGCACUAAUUCAACCCAAACUCCGGCACCAUAUGAGCCCAGAUUGAUGUGUCUUCGAAAGCAGUGGCGUGUGGUGCAGAACUUAAAGAACGGCAUGUGGCAUCAAUGGCUGCGUGAAUAUCUUCCUGAGCUGACGAGAAGGACGAAAUGGUGUUUGCCAUCACAACCGUUGGACGUGGGCUGCCUUGUUUUUAUUUGUGACCCAGAUCUUCCAAGAAGCCAAUGGAAAAGAGGGCGUGUCAUCGAGCUCCAUCGCGGCAAAGAUGGUGUAGCACGUUCAGCCGAAGUGCGCACAGAUGUGGGUGUAUACCGCCGUCCUGUUUCCAAGUUGGCCAUACUAGACGUUGAAGACUCUGCUGGUGAAGGUGAAGCCUCCCCCUCUGGGUCAGUUCACGGGGGUGGGGAUGUCGUUUGAGGGCAACCUUGCUCGACGGUAACCCUGUUGUUGCAAAAUGCUGGUGCAACUGUCAGCAAUGAAGUACAAUGGCUGAAAUAUCCCAAGCCAAUUUGCAACAUAUCUUCAUUUUGUUUAUUGUUUUUGUUUAUUUUUAAGCCAAUUUUUUGUAUAAAUAGGCCCUUCUGGCAAAUACUUGUUCUUUUCUAUUCGUAUACCAAAAAAACAUGUAAGUCGUGCUUUGCAUUUUUUGUUGUAAUUUUUAUUGAACUUGUUAAAGUUUUAAAGUGUUAAAUGUAAAUUUUAACUUGAAUCUUUAUUUAUUAAUAGUGAAUAAACAACACAUUAACGUAACCUCACACCUUAAACACACACACACACAUCAAAUGUACAACCCUUAUAUUUAAAAUACAAAACACAUAUCAAGCAAAAUAAAUAUAUCCAGCAGUUUCAUCAUUUCAAACAUAAA